AUGUUAAUAUCUUUUAAAAAGCGCUUAAGUUAUCAUUGUUCUCAAUUGUCAAAAAAUAAUGUACAAAUCCUUAUCAUUAUGAUAAAACACAGACUUUAUCGAUUUUU